AAGACCACAACGGCCGCCACACGUAUAUAUUGCCAGAAAUAUUUUAAACCAGUGAACAAAAAGAAAACGAAACCCUCUGACACCACCCCACCCCCUCCACCCACCCCACGCACCCACAGCGCAGCACCGCCGCGAUGGACGACGUCGUCGUAUCUAUGCCGCCGCCGUUUCAAAAUCAUCCGCUUCUCCACCGCCGGAACUCCAUCUCCAAGCUCACCAUCAUCCCCCAUCAAAACUCAUCUUCUACCACCACCAGCACCACCUCACCAUCGUCGUCGUCCUCCUCUCCGCCGGAUGAUUUGGAGGCUUUGAUUAAGCCUACCUCCCAGAACUACACCUCGCUAAGGGACCUGUUGCCGUCGGUCGCGGUCAACUCCCCCAGACCCAACUCGGGCUACCAAACACCAGGCUCCGACAUCUGCAUCAGAAAUCGCCUCGUCAAACAGGCGGCGUGGGCCUACCUCCAGCCUAUGUCCACCUCUCCCGGUUCCGCCGGCGGCAACCUCUUCAACCGUCUCUGCCCGCCGGUCGCCGCCUUCUUUGACUUCGUCGGCCAAAACCUAAUUCGUGCCCUCAAUUGGAUGCUCCGGGUUAUCCGGAUCCGGGGCAGCACCAGAUAGCAACGGGUCUAAGAUGUGCGUGCUUUGUUGGAAUUGGAAUUGAAUUGAUGAAUGGUGGUGAUUCGUUUUCAAUUUUCAUUAUUUUAAUUUUAAUUUUGGUGUAAUAGCAAAAUUGGAAAGUGUAUUCGAACCGUAAAAAGGUUCAAAUUGGGUGAAAAAAAAAAUACAAGGACCAAAAAAUGAA